AUGGCUGGUACUUAUGAUACCGAAGAGCAAAGAAUAAUUGACAGAAUUAGAUGUAUCGCUUUUCGUCAAGCUCAAGAUGCUGGUGCAACAUUCAUCAAUCGAAAUUGGAUUGCAGAGAAAAUUCAUCGUCCGGUUCGAUUUAUCACGGAUUGGUGGCAAAAGCCAUAUGAUGAUCAAUGUUUUGCUGAUUACUCAAACGCUGGUCCUAAACUAAAACUUUCGCAAGCCAGUGAUCGAGAAAGAAAAAGCGGGCCAUCUGGUGAAUUUUACGCCUGGAUUGUUCGUCGACCAAAUUAUCAAAUAAUCGCAUAUGGCCGAAAAGCAUCGAUGAUAUUGAAGGAGACGAACGCUAUCAUGAAAUAG